CCGGCGCCUCCCCCUCGGUCUUUCACCCCGCGCCGUUACGAAAGCGCGACCCCCUCCCCCCGGAGCUAUAAAGCCGCCCGGCGGCCCCCGCGGCGCGCUCGCCUUGCUGGCUCCAAGCGCGCUCGGACCCGCGGCCAGGCUUGCGCGCAGCUCCCGACAGGCGGACUCCCGAGCGAGAUGGAGUGGGUGUGGGCGCUGGUGCUACUGGCGGCGCUGGGCAGCGCCCGGGCGGAGCGCGACUGCCGGGUGAGCAGCUUCCGAGUCAAGGAGAACUUCGACAAGGCUCGCUUCGCCGGCACCUGGUACGCCAUGGCCAAGAAGGACCCCGAGGGCCUCUUUCUGCAAGACAACAUCGUCGCCGAGUUCUCCGUGGACGAGAAUGGCCACAUGAGCGCCACGGCCAAGGGCCGAGUCCGUCUCUUAAAUAACUGGGACGUGUGUGCAGACAUGGUGGGCACCUUCACAGACACUGAGGACCCUGCCAAGUUCAAGAUGAAGUACUGGGGCGUAGCGUCCUUUCUCCAGAAAGGAAACGAUGACCACUGGAUCAUUGACACGGACUACGAGACCUUUGCCGUGCAGUACUCCUGCCGCCUCCUGAACCUCGAUGGCACCUGCGCUGACAGCUACUCUUUCGUGUUUGCCCGAGACCCCAGCGGCUUUUCCCCCGAAGUGCAGAAAGUCGUGCGGCAGAGGCAGGAGGAGCUGUGCCUGGCCAGGCAGUACCGGCUGAUCCCUCACAACGGUUACUGUGAUGGCAAGUCAGAAAGAAACAUUUUGUAGCAACAUGGAAGGUGUCCUUUCAUUAGGAAACUUCCCAUUAACCUUACUCAGCCUCCAACUCUUAGGAGUUUAGUUUGCUUCACCUCCCCUCCCUGCCCCUCCUACCCCUCCCCUCCCCUCCCCUCUGUAAACAAAAAAAAAAACCCUUCAGUAUACGUAAAAAACAUACAUGGGGAUCAGUGAAUCUGCUUGUACUCAAAUGUAUGUCUUCUCUGGAGUUUUCUAAGGAAUCAUUUGAGGCUUAGGAUUCCAGACUUUGACUUAUUAAAAUAUGUAUAGUUACCCAUUUCCAA